AGAUCAGAAACACUCUUCGGGGGGCAUGUGUGAAUGUGUCAGUGACUAAUCUCCACAGUAUAUUUACAGGUUUCCAAUUCGUGCAAGAAUGGAUGCAAAUAACAAAUAAUGGAGCAUGAAAAGGUAACACGAGAUAGGGGACAAUUGGAGUUAAACGAUGGAUUAUUUAAAUAUUUACAAAAUACAGGAUUAACAAACAAUAUAAAUGCAUGAUGCUACACACUCUGGUACAGUAGGUGGCGAUAUUCAAUUUUAGAUUGAGGUGCUACCUAUUAUUGGGCCACAGAAGAAGAAGAGGAAAAGUUCAGUAGAAGGUUCAGUUGAAUUUGAUUUAAUGGAGAAUUACAAGAAAGCGCGGAUAGUGGAGCAGCCUUUCCCCUGCCCCUACCCAGGACUGGCCAGCGAUACGCCCGAGGUUAGGGUGAAAGACGGCAGCAAGAUCCGCAACUUGAUGGGUUUCGCCAUGGGCCGCAUGGAGCCCGAUACAUGCCGCCAGAUCCUGUUCUCUGGUGCUGGUAAAAGCAUUGCAAAGGCUAUCACAUGUACUGAAAUCCUUAAGCGACGCAUGCGUGGCCUACAUCAGUACACCCAGCUGCUGUACCGAACUGUUCAUGAAGUGUGGGAGCCCCUGGAGCCUGCUGCAGGUCUAGAUAGCCUCACUGUCAGCAGAAAUGUGCCUGCUAUUUGCGUGCUGCUUUCCAAGGACCCCCUUGACAACACCCAGCCAGGGUACCAGGCACCCGGUUCCUUCAACACUCUUUGGGUACAGGCUUCAAGAGAGGAGGAAGAGGAGGCAGGGCAGGGGCAAAGGAGAAAGAGAGGUGCUGGGAGGGGAAAAGGGGGCUCUGGCAGACAAGGAGGUUGCCGAGAAUAUUCUAAAAAAGACUAUCGUUGAAGUUUGUUUGUGAAGUGCAAAUGAAAUGUAUGAUUACAGUAGAUGCAUGUUUUAUUUGUUGUAUUUCUGUUAUACAUUUUCUUUUGAUCUCAUUCAAAUUCCUAAAGUAUACCCCUUCCUGAUUUCCUUUUUUUUUCUUUAGACAAAAUGUAAUAUUAGAAAAAGGGAUAAAUUGCUCAUAUUCUGUGGAAGAUGAGUCAAAAGUGGAAUUUUUUGCAGGACUCCCAAUAUAUCUGGUGUAAAGCAAAUACAGCAUUUCAAAAUAAGAACCGCAUGCCCACUGUGAAACAUGGUCGUGGUAGUGUGAUGGUGUGCAGAUUUUUUCUGCCUCGGGACCUGGAUGAUUUGCCAUUAUUGAAUUCAAUUGAAUUGAAUUAAGUAGAAUAUAUGGUCAUCUAUCUGUCAGUUGGGUGAUGCAGCAAGUUCACAUCUGAAUUGCUGAAAAGAAACAAAAUGAAGUGGCCCAGUCAAAGUCCUGAACCCAAAAGAGAUACUGUGGCAGUUAGUUCAUGCUCCAAAACCUACCAAUUUGUCUGAAUUGGGUCACUUCUGCAAAGAAGUCAGAUAAAAUUCCUCCACACUGAUGUGAAAGAUUAAUAUCAAAUUAUAGGAAGUGUUGGUUGCAAUAAAAAAUGGCAAUGCAUAAAAGCAGAUUCAAGCAAUAAACAUGCAGGCAGAACAUGGUACAUGCAAAGUGAAGACAAGAUGAUGGGCAAGGCAUACAAAAGCAGCAGAGGUAAAUCAUACAGGCACACAAGAGCAAGCCCAUAAUGGUCAUAAUAAGCAGGAUAGUAAGUAGAGAAACCGCAAUAUAUGCUACUAAAGGACAAUAAGUAAAAUUGCUGGAGUAAUAUAAAAAUAUCAGGCGAAGGCCUCCAAUGAAAUGUGCUAAAACUUGAGCAAAGGUGAUUAAACACUGUUUUGAAGAGACAAA